AAGGACUCCAACAAUUACAAUGCUCUCCAAAAUUCCAUGCUUUUUGCAGCUUCUGUGUCACUGACUUUCCUAAGUAAUCAUCCUCUUCUUCCCCACCGCGGCACAGUAAACCCUAGACUAACCUGCAGCUCUAUUGCUCUGACCCUAAAAAUGUCUUGGGCAUGCAAAGAAUGCACCUUUCUCAACCCCCCACCGACCCCAUCUCAAAAGCCCACCUGCAAAAUCUGCCUCUGCCCAUCAUCGCCGCCAUCCCAAUCGCCGCCGUCUUCUUCCACUGCAAAAUGGUCGUGCAAGGCCUGCACUUUCCUCAACUCCUACAAGAACUCUAGCUGCGAAGUGUGCGACACUCGGGCUCCGAUCUCCUCCCUCUCAAGUUUCGAGGAUUUGGAUGACUGAUUCGGGAUCGGUGGCGGUGAGGACCUUGAUUCUUCAGUGGGCUCUGUUUCUCCCUUGCAGCGGUGCAAGAGGAAGGCGGUUGAAGACCACCCAAUUGAGGUUAAACAGGGUUCUUCCAGUUUCAAUCCGGUUCGAGGCGUCAAGGCUUCCGAUAAUUGGAUGACUGUAUCGGUUUCCAAGGCGUCCGGUAAGGGGAUAACCGUAUCGGGUUCUUCCAAUUCCAAUGUGACUCCAGGGCUCAAGGCUUCCGAUAAGGGGGUAACUGUAAAAGAGGGCACUGGUUCUGGGUCUUCUGCUGCGGGUUUGAAUACGUUGAAGAUUAUGAGUUACAAUGUUUGGUUCCGAGAGGACCUAGAAAUGCACAAGAGGAUGAAAGCUCUUGGUGACCUUAUCCAACAGCAUUGCCCAGAUGUCAUUUGCCUUCAGGAGGUUACCCCGAACAUAUAUGACAUCUUUCGAAAAUCUAGCUGGUGGAAAGUGUAUCAAUGCUCAGUUUCAAGUGAGACGGCAAAUUCAAGUGCAUACUUUUGCAUGCAGUUAAGCAAAUUGCAAGUGAAGUCCUUCAGCUGUAAACCCUUUGAGAACAGUGUGAUGGGGAGAGAACUUUGUGUUGCUGAAGUUGAAGUCGAGAAGGACAAACAUUUGGUUGUUGCCACUAGCCAUCUCGAAAGCCCUUGCCCCAGCCCUCCAACAUGGGAUCAGAUGUUCAGUAAAGAACGUGUGGAACAGGCAAAGGAGGCUGUCAACUUUCUAAAGAAGAACCAAAAUGUGAUUUUCUGCGGUGACAUGAACUGGGAUGACAAGUUGGAUGGUAAAUUUCCUUUAACUGACAGAUGGGUUGAUGCUUGGGAAGAGUUAAAACCUGGGGAAGAUGGAUGGACAUAUGAUACCAAGUCAAACAAGAUGUUGACUGGCAACCGAAAACUGCAGAAGCGACUAGAUCGAUUUUUGUGUAGUCUGCAUGAUUUCAGGGUGAGUAAAAUUGAAAUGAUUGGGAUGGAUGCAAUACCGGGUGUAUCUUAUAUCAAGGAAAAGAAAGUGAAGACGGAGAUCAGGAAGCUGGAGCUCCCUGUUUUGCCUAGUGACCAUUAUGGCUUGCUUUUGACAAUCUGUAGCCAGUGAUGUCAUUUUGUUGACAUAAAAGAUUGCGGUUAUCCUAGGUGCAUCGGUCGUUUUUUGUGACGGACUUGUACGUGUUGCAUGGUAUUUUGAGUAUUAUCUCAUAUGAAUAUGAUAUGGAAGUUGGAUGUUGCCUUCUCAUUUUGUAUGAAGUUCUGUGGAUGAAGGUUCAACUGCCAAACUGAAUGGCUGGUAUUUUGUUUAGUAUCUUUAGUUUCUUGCUAUGGAUAAUGACCUUCUUAUAAAUUCUCCUAUGAUUUUUUCGCA